CCAUUUGAAGGAAUUUCUUGAUUUAGAAGAAUUGGGUGAAGAGAAUGAAGUUCAGUUUAUUUUGUCAUAGUUAAAUGGCUUAUUGUUAGCUUAGUUUCAGUGUUUUUGUGAGGUGUGAAUUUGUGUAUUUUUUUUCCAGAACUAAAAAAAUUAAUUUUUAAAUUUGUUUUGAUGUCUGGACUUGUAAAUUCUUUGUCAUAAUUAGUUGAAAUACUAGGAUUUUGAGUACACAUUGGGAGAAAUUUCGUGAUUUAGUAGAAUUGAUGGAGAGAUAAAAGAUUAGGAAUGAAGAUAUUCGGGACAAGGUCGGAAUGACUUUCGUGUUCGACGAAGGAGUGAGAGUGAGAUGAUUCGGGGAUGUAAGGAGGAGAUGCGCAAAUUUCCCAGUGAGGAGGUUUGAGAGGUUAUUGACUAUGGCGGGUUUAAUGAGAGGUAGGGGUAGGGCGAAAAAUACCGGAGAGAGGUGAUUAGACAUGACAUCAUGCAUCUUUAGUUUAUCGAAGACAUGUCCUUAGAUAGUAGUAAAUGAAAGGUCGCGUAUUAAGAUAGAAGGUUAGUAGUUAGUAGAGUAUUGUCUUACUUCCUUGAGCAAUAGGCUCGGUGUUAAUUUGGUGCGCAUUAUCUGCUCAUACAGUAGUAGUAGCAUUAUUCUCGUUGUUUCUUGUCCUGCGAUUGUUGUGAUUAUCUGUUGUCUCACGUGCUUUGAGUUAUCACGUUUUUUGGCUAUAGUUAUUGUUCCUUGUCUUAUGAAUGCUAUGUAAUGUUUUCCCUAUUAUUUGCUAUGUCCUCUUUACUUCUUUAUUUUUCUUUUUUCGAAAUGCUUACUUGAUCUGACGGUCGUUCGGGAACAACCUCUCUACCUCGUGGAGGUAGCGGUAAGGGAUUUUUGAGUAUCCGUUGGAAAAAAUAAUCUUGAUUCAGUAGAACUGGUGAAGAAAAUGGAAUGUACUUUGGAGGAACAUAUAACCACUCUUUCUUUUACUGGUGAUGAAUCUACGAUGGAGAUGGGUUCCGGGAAUUACGGGUGCUCGCAUUAUAGAAGGAGAUGCAAAAUUAGAGCACCUUGUUGUGAUGAGAUAUUUGAUUGCAGACAUUGCCAUAAUGACUCAAAGAAUUCUUUAGAUGUUGAUCCACUCGAACGACACGAUAUUCCUCGUCAUGAUAUUAAAAGGGUCAUUUGCUCAUUGUGUAAUACUGAACAGGAUGUUCAACAAAAAUGCAUCCAGUGCGGGGUUUGCAUGGGGAAGUACUUUUGCUCAAAAUGCAACUUCUUCGAUGAUGAUGUCUCGAAGAAUCAAUACCACUGUGAUAAAUGUGGAAUCUGCAGAACGGGUGGCGAGGAGAAUUUCUUUCACUGUGACACAUGUGGAUGCUGCUAUACAAAUUCAAUGAAGGAAUCACAUAAAUGUAUAGAAAGAGCGAUGCACCACAAUUGCCCUGUUUGCUUUGAGUAUAUUUUUGAUACAACAAAAAACAUCAUCGUCUUGCCUUGCGGUCACACAAUGCAUCUGGAAUGUGUCAUGCAGAUGGAACAACAUUUCCAGUAUUCUUGUCCUGUUUGCUCAAGAUCAUACUGUGACAUGUCUCGAGUCUGGGAGCAACUGGACCAGGAGGUUGCAUCAACAGAUAUGCCUGAAAUGUAUCAGGACAAGAAGGUUUGGAUUCUUUGCAACGACUGUGCAGAAACAUCUGAGGUUAACUUUCAUAUAGUAGCACAUAAAUGUCCAAGUUGCAAAUCCUAUAAUACAAGGCAGACAAGAGGAGGGUCCAGUUCAUGCUCUAAUAUUACCGAAAUGGUUAGAUGAGGUUCUUCAUCGCGACAUUGACAAGCUUUU